UUACUGACUUUGGGGUCACCAGGUCAAAAGUCAAGGUCACAGGGACCAACAUUAACUUUUUGCAUGAAGGCACUUUACUCGCGAACCACUUCACUCAGGACCUUCAAACUUUACAUGCUGAUAGUACUCAUUGAGUACACCAACUCUACUGACUUUGGGGUUACCAGGUCAAAGGUCAAGGUCACAGGGGCCAACGUUAACAUUUUGCAUGAAGGCACUUUACAUUCGAACCACAUUACCCAGGACCUUCAAACUUCACAUGCUGAUAAUACUUAUUGAGUACACCACCUCUACUAACUUUGGGGUCACCAGGUCAAAGAUCAAGGUGCUGCGGGGGCAUUUGUCACCAUUAGUGACAGUUCUUGUUUAAUAAUUUUAUCAGUAUUUUCUACACAGGAAAGCAAUGAAUUUUUGAUUGGAAGUCUGAGAAAUCAACAGUUGUUGAAAAAUGGACUCGAUUCGGUUUAUUACGCGCCAGUGUAACAUUAAAUACUGACCACGUUGACAAUUGACCCCAUAGAUCCUUUUCAACGUUGAGAAUUGACCCCGUCAACAUUUCAACAUCAAAUUUUGAUCAAAGGGUCCUUUUUCAACGUUGAGAACUGACCCCGUCAACAUUUCAACAUUAAAUUUUGAUCAAUGGGGUCAAUAUUUAAUGUUACACCGGCUGUACCGCCAGUUUAAUACUUCAGUAAGCUUCUGUUGAUUUGAUCACGACUGAUCAAAUCGGCAAACACUUAUAUACAAAUAAUAUAACGCACUAACACGAGCUGACGCAAGACUCUCUCUAGUUGCCAUUCUGUGUAUUUUAUAGUUCUUUGAUUAUACUGAGUACUCUGAAGAGUAAAAUUAAAAUGAUUGAACUCCCUUUAAUAUUGAAAAUAAACAGGGUAACGCAAAACAUCAAGUAAAAAGAAACCUGAACUAAAUAGAAAUGUUUGCCGAGAUGCUUUAUGAAUAAAGGCUCAGAUAAGCUUUUCAUGUUGACUGAUUUUUUUAGCUCCGCUAUUCAGAGAAAAGGAGGACUGUUCUACUCGCCCUGGCGUCGGCUCGGCAUGACUUUUCUUGGUUAAAGUUUUUCUGCAACCUUUGUUUUUCUGUCAUAUCUUUGUUACUAUUGCUUAUAUCUUACUGUAACUUCACAUAAACAUUGCCCAGUGUACAAACAAAGUAUGUACAGGGGCUGGGCCAAUUAUAAGGUCAAGGUCACCAAUGUGUUAUACUUAGGUUACUUUUAAGGUUAAAGUUUUUUGGCAACCUUUGUUUUUCUGUCAUAUCUUUGUUACUAUUGCUUAUAUCUUACUAUAACUUCCCAUAAACAUUGUCCAGUAUACAAAAAGGGAAAUGUAGGGGCUGGGUCCAUUAUACCCAAGGUCAAUGUCACCAAGGUGUUAUAGUGACGUCUUGGGUUAUUUUUAAGGUUAAAGUUUUUCGGCAACCUUUGUUUUUCUGUCAUAGCUUUGUUAUUGCUUAUAUCUUUCUGUAACUUUACAUAAACAUUGUCCAGCAUACAAACAAAGUAUGUAAAGGGGGUGGGCCCAUUAUACCCUCGGUCAAGGUCACCAAGGUGUUAUACUUAGGUUACGGUCACAAACUUGUUAUACUUGGAAUUAUUUUCAUGUUAAAUUUUUUGGAAAGCUUCGUUUAUAGACAUACCUUUGGUUCUUUAAAAGAUAGUGACUUCACCUUAUCAUCAUCAUCUGCAUGUGUGAUAGCAAUCCCAAUAACUCUAAUAUGUGUUCUUGACAGAAUUAUGCACCUUGAUGUAUCUUCCUUUUAAAGUAGAGGUCUCCUAUUGAGACAUAUAUUCAUUUUACUGUCAAAUCGCCGAAUAGUGGAGCGCGCUGUCUUACGGACAGCUCUUGUUGUUGAGACCCUUUGGAGAAUUUCAAAUUUGUUGUCGCAAAUCUUCACUCUGAUGUGUUGCACACAAGUCGCAUCCAUAUAACCAUGGUCAAGGUCACACUUUGGUCAAAGGUCAAAAGAGAGUUGAUUCUAACACAUUCUUUGUUUAUUCUUUUACUAUUUUUUAUCAGAAAAUCAAAUUAUUGAUCGUCUGCGUUACUUCAAUUUUGUUUUCUCAGAAACUGUCAAAGGUAACCAUUUGAAACUUGGAAAACUUGUUCACUUUUACACAUUUUAUUCAUUGCAAUGCAGGUAACCCUGUGAUUUGUUUUUACAGAGUUAAUACCUCUUACUGUCUGUCAGUUUCCAAUUUCUCAAUACAAUGUAACAAGGUAUUUUUCUUCUUUACAGUGGUGACAUCAUUCUGUUGACUAGGUGACUUUCAAUGAUUUUUUUGUUGAGCUAUUGCCCUUUUUCGACCUUAAGUUUUCAGUUUUUUUUUUUUUUCAAUCCAAUUACCCAAUAUCUUAUCACAGGUAUUGACAUGAUACUAGACAUAAUUUAUUGUGAUGACCCAAUUUAUUAGACAAGAGGAGGUAACUCUAUCAAGGAUCAUUUUCUAAGAAUUAUUGCCCUUUUUAUACGCCCGUUUUGGACGUAUUAUGGAAACCCCCAUUCUUCAUGCAUGGAGGGAUUUUGAUGAAACUUGGCACAGUUGCUCACCAUCAUGAGACGGAGUGUCAUGCGCAAGAACCAGGUCACUAGAGCUGUUCAGUGUAUGUGCAGCCGUGCGUGCGUGUGUCCGGAUUUGAUUGUCCGGACUGUAACUUUGACAUGCAUGGAGUAAUCUCGUUUAUAUUUGGCAUGAAUGUUAACCUCAGUGAGAUGGAGUGUCAUGCGCAAACCGCAGGUUCCUAUCUCAAAGGUCAAGGUCACACUUAGAGGUCAAAUGUUAAGUUCAAUAAUGACGUUGUCCGGAGCAUUUCUUCGUCAUGCAUGGAUGAAUUUUGAUGAAACUUGGCAUAAUUGUUCACCAUCAUGAGACGGAGUGUCAAGCGCAAGAACCAGGUCCCUAGGUCUAAGGUCAAGGUCACAAUUAGAGGGCAAAGGAUACAAGAAUGAAAACUUUGUUCGGAGCAUUUCUUCUUCAUGCAUGGAGGGAUUUUGAAAUUACUUGGCACAAAUGUUAACCACCACAAGACGGAGUGUCAUGCGCAAGAACCAGGUCCCUAGGUCUAAGGUCAAGGUCACACUUAGAGGCUAAAGUUCAGAUACAAGAAACACUUUGUCCAAAGCAUUUCUUCUUCAUGCAUAGAGGGAUUUUGAUGUAACUUGGCACAAUUGUACACCAUCUUGAGACGGAGUGUUAUGCGCAGGUCCCUUUUUUAGAAUUACUUCCCUUUGUUGUUACUAUAAAUAGCUUAUAUUGCAACUUUUUCAUUACUAGUCGUAGUGAAAAAUCGAGAUCACUUUUCUGUAGUGCAACAUGCAUGAUACAUCCACUUCUGAGAUGUAUUUUGACCUGUCUCUACCUGGUAAGAUUUUUGUGUGGACUUGCAAUAUUUUUUUUUGGAGGGGGGGGGGGGGGUUUUUUUUUUAAAGAUUAACUUCCCUUAGUUGUUACUAUAAAUAACUUACAUUGUAACUUUUUUAUAAUUGACCAUAUGGAAAAACCAAGACCACUUUUCUGUGGUACAACAUAGAUGUUUUUUUCAAUCAGUAGCUUGAGAACCACUUUACCCAGAAUGUUAAAACUUAAUAGGAUGAUUGCACAUGCGGAGUUUAUGACCCCUAUUUAUUUGGGGGGUCACUGGACCUGAACAUGAGAAACAAUUUCCAUUUCAUAACUUAAGAACCACUAGGCCCAGAAUUUUGAAACUAAGUCGGAUGGACAUGCCAAGUAGAUGAUCCCUUUUGCAGCCAACCAUCAUUGUCUCUUUGACUUUUGCUCCUGUCCCCUGUUGACUUCUUGCCUAUACGACUAUGCAUUUGGGGAGACAUGCAUUUUUCUUCAAAAUCAUCUUCUAGUUCACCUUUGCCGAACUUGCAGCUCAUGAAGUCCGUAUUUACCUUGUUCCUGUGGGCAUGUCAUUGUAUUAGAUUUUGUUAUCGUUAAACAACAUAAGAUUUUUGUAUUUAAUUAAAUUGAAUUAUCGUUAUCGUUAAACUACAUAAUCUUUUUAUAAUUUUGGACUUGAAUUAUCGUUAUUGUUAAACUACAUAACUUUUUUGUAUUUGAUGGAUUUAAAUAAUUGUUACGUAUGCUUUAAACUAUAUUGUAUUAUCAAGGGGUGCAGUAUUCCCAUAUACUGCUUAAGGGAUUACUUUCGUUGUUUCUGAACUUUAACGAAUAUUUUAGUAAAUUUUAUAAUUAGAUCUUGAAUUAAAAUAUGUAAUUGAAAUUUUGUUUUGCUUAUUUAUUUAAACAUGAGCUGUCAAAAGUAGGUUGUAUUUUGGUGGUUUCACAACGUUAACCAACAACGUUGUCACAACGUUGAUACGACUCCACAUUUUUACGUUGUCACAACGUUGUAUCUGACCGCAACACAACGUUAUGCCACAACUUUGUCGCAACGUUGUUUCUAACGUUGUCACAACGUACAGCACAACGUUGUAACAACAUUGUCACAACGUUACUGUGCUUCCUGGGAUGUGGUCAUAAUGUUAAGUCUAGAACUAGUGUAAAUCUGGUGCAGACGGAGAAAAGUGAUUAGUAAACUAUUAGAUUUCUUUUCUCAAAUGCAUUAAAUGUUGAGGCGCGUGUUGAAUUACUUAAAUUUGCAUUCCAGUAUUGACUAAGUAUCCUUUAGGUUUUGUUUAAGUUCACUAAUAAAUAGAGUUCCAUUUCCUACUCUGUGGAAUAAUCAAACAUAAUAAAAUCCUAAAUUCGUAUUUGUUUUUUUUUUCCAUGUCUUCAACCAUCAUAUUAUAAAUUUGUUUAAUGUACUUGUUUAAUUGUCGCUUUUAAUUAUUUUUAUUCAGUAUUUUAUGAUUCUGACUAUUCUGUUAUAUUUGAGUGGCAUCCUGCCGAGUUAACCGUAUAUAAAGUUAUUUUGUGUUUGUAAUUUAACGUCUAAAAGGUUCUUGCAGAAAUGUUAUUGUAUAUUUUCUAUUUUCCUAGAGUUAUCCCCCAGACUUCACUUCUAUAAUUUAAUGUAGUUGUAAUCAGUUUAUCGAAAAGGUCAAGAAUGUGUUUAACUGUAAAGUCAGUGAGUUUUUGUAGAUAACUUUUAAGUUUAAAGGUUGCUUUUAAUGCCUGUUCUGAUAAUGCAUCAUAUGUUUCAGAAAAUGAGCCACCUAUAGUAACACUAUCCCUAAAUAUGUAUCUUUUUAACAAUGUCUUUAUGUGUAUGGUAUUAUUUUCUGUUGUGCUGUACUGGUUCAGAACCAGUGUUCCGACAGGACCAGAUUCUUGACACAUGUGACAACCGCUUUAUUUAAGCGUCAUUUACGCAGUCGUUUCAACUGGAUCUUUUGAAUGUUUGUUCUUCUAGUCUUUGAAAAAGAACUGUUUCACGUGACUGUAUUACGUUAUGUUCUAUGAAGUUUCGUUCUGAAUUGGCCAUGAUACAUCAUUGUGCAUUACAUUAUUAAGUACAGCAAGAAACAAUUCAACUGCAUAUUCCAUUUGUGCGUAUGACAUAGGUUACUUUUAAUAAUCACAAAAAAAAGCAGGGCUAUCUAUUUUUGCGCUAAUUUUAUUUUGUGAAGAAUUUAUGUAAGACAAAACUUGAGUUUCUAUUGAUUUCUUAGCCGCUUUUAAAAGUAUUGUUAUCUUUAAUGUGCAUUGUUUCAAAGGUUAAAUUAUAAAUGAUAAAGAGGUAGGUUAAAAUAUUAUAUUUACUUUUUACUUAAAACAAACUGCAAAUCAUCGUCAAAAUAUUUGUUUGGCUUCUUGUUUAGAACACGGGAAAAAUUACUACUUUUUACGGCCCCAUUUGAGACGCUAGGAAACCCAUACAAUUUCCGAUGCAGUAGGAGCUGCAGUAUAUGCGGUGCGGGUGUUAUGCAUGUCAAAUAUUUUGAAAAGAAUAUUGGAGGACAAAUAUGAAAAUUUGUACGGCUACUGGUUCCCAGCCAGUUUAUAAAUAUCGGUAGGGGCAAUAUUAAUUUUAAAUGAAAUAUGACAUCGUGAGAAAAAGCAUCAAGAUAUGUACUUCAUUUCAGGUGUUAUUGAUUCUAAGGUCAAUGACCCAAGACAGAUGUUUAGUGACCUGAAAGAAAAGGGUUAUAUAAACUGUUAUAAUAUAAUUUACAUUCAACAAAUUAUCCACGUACUUAAGAGAGAUGAUCUUCUUGAAGUUGCUACCAGAUACACUUCAAUGUUCGAGGAAGACAGCGUUCUGCACUUCUAUAAGAAAUCCACCUUUACUGCCGAUGGUUGUAGUAUCGUUGAGUUCCAUGUUGUUGGACAUAAUUUGGCAUCAAGAGAUGAUAUUGAAAACUUCCGAAAGAAAAUAUCAACCAUCCUAGCGGUUCCACUUCUUGAAGUCAUAUUCAAAGGAGUGCAACUGACUGCCAGUAUUCUUGUCACUGUAAUGCUUCCAGAUAUGUAUGUUACAUUUCUCGAAAGGCAGCUGCGAAAACACACACAAUACAUUCUUGCAUCUUUGAUGCAACAAAACAUAGAUCAAGUUAUUUUCCCGGCAGAUAUAUUUCAGCUGCAGAAAGAGGGUACAUACUUCAUUGUAAAAAAAGUUCCAACACCAGUGCAGAAUGAAAAAUGCGAAACUAUGUCAAAUGGAAAGAGGGGACAAACCGAUUCAUCUGGUGAUUUAUUGAAAGGAAAAGCAAAGCCAGAAAUGCAGACUUCAAAAUUAACUAAACAAAAUCAUAUGAGUACAGAAAGCUCCUUACAGAUCAGAAAUGUAUUGACAACUAUACAUGUAACCAGCUAGGAAAGCAGAGAUUAAACAGACAUAUUAAACACAUACUGGAUAAACAUCUUGUUCGUAGACAGAUAAGGAUCAAGUCCGUUGUGGCAGCUGUUUCUGGAAAAUUCUAUCAAACUUUCUUACUGAAACAAAUAUAUCCAAACAUGUUUGGUUCUGACAGUCUUGGCAGUAUCCCUAAUACUCAACUGCAUAAUAUGGACAUUUACCUUGAAAUUCAAACACCUUCAAUAAUUAACAUUUAAAUACAGCACAAGUGUCGUAGAUAGCAUGAUUUUAUAUCAUUUACGGAAAACAAAACAUUUACAAUACUGUAUAAGUGGUUAAGUUAGCGAGGUGGAAAUAUUGGCGAAUUUCGCGAACUGACAAAAUUCGCUUACAUUUUCUGCAGCGUAAAUAUCAGCCAACCCAUCAUAAAAACACCAGUAGUAAACGAGAGAAAUUGACCAUCUGUAUCUAUCUAUACACUAUACACGUUUUUAAAGCUACCUUUUAGGCCUUAAAUACGUCAAACAAAAAAGCCAGAGUUCUUUGUUUAUAUUUCAAAAAUAGUAAAGAUUAUCAUAAUUUGAUUAAAUUCCAAUCAUUGGUUGACAGAUAUAAAACUAGCAAAGCUAAUUACCGUAAACUGGCAUAGGCGAGUACGGAAGCGAGAAAACAUACUGCCUUUUAAAAUUGCAUUUCACACCUUUACAAAAUGUAAUAAAAGGAUUUACUUCAAUACAUAUUGUUAGCCUUUUUCAGGUUGAUAAUUACACAUAUUCUGCUUUCCUUAAUAAAUACUAGUACGUUUUCAAGUAAUUAUUUUUUUAUAUAGAAAAGACAAACAACAAUUUUAGUUAUGUGUAACACAUUUUUUAAUAUAUGAACGUUCACUGGCUCCUUAUAAGGGAUAAUAAUGCUGUCAUGCAGCAAAAAUAUAAUUAUUACGCCAGGCCAGACACAUUAGUGAUUCUUAUGAAAAGCUAUUUUUCAUGCAAGUUGGAAAAAGGGAAUUCGCUAAUAUUUCCGCACGCCAAAUGUCUGGAAUUCCGAAUUCGCUAACUCUUCGACCCGCGGAAAUAACCACUUAUACAGUACUACCUUUUUCUGUUACUGAGCUGAUCAAAAUCGUGUGAACAUGGCUUUUUUAUACCCUUGAGUUCCCAUGUCCUGUCACUAAAAAUCUGUUCUGUAUUUACUAUCAUGCCUUUCCUGGGUAAAGUGUAUUUAAUUUGUGUUUACUAAUAGAUAUUACUUCAGGUUUUUAUAUAUUAAGAUAUAAGAGAGAAUAUAUAUGUCUCUGUGUGUGCUUCUGCGUGUUUAAGUCAUGCCAGUUUAAAUAUAUUUCAUGUUCACACUCACUAAUGAACAAAUCAAUCAUCAUAAUUUUCAACACAUUUCACUGUUCUUCGUCUGCAUAAAUUGCUAAAACUAAAUUCAUUUCAUUUGAAAAAAUGCUUAAAAUUCCAACAUUUAACAGAUUUAACCGUUCUUCCACGGAAUAUAAAGCAUGAACUGCUAAAAUUAAUUUUAUUUUGUAUAUCAUAAAGACUUCAAAGACGACUUAAGGAAACCAGAUCUUGGCUCAUGUUUAUCGUUUCGGAGCAGAAUACAGCAAUAUCUAAGCACCAAAACAGGUUUCAAUUUUGUGAUGAGGCCUUCUUUGCACGUAUGCCGUCGGCACCCUGAAAAUCCGCUGGCAGAUAUAAUCAAUUUGGUCAUGUUCAUGCCAUUUUUCGUCUGAACAGGUGUUGUAUUCAAGCGGUCUUAACAUACAAUUUAGCCUGGUGAUCCAUACACUUUUGGCCAUUUUAAUGUUCACAUUACAAUUAUCUAUACACAAGGAAAACAAACAAAAAAUCUAUGAAACAUUUUUUUCGAAAUUAAAAACAAAUAUUCUUAUUUCAUUGAAAAAAGUUCACAAACGUAAAUAUGAGACAAUAUUUUUUUUUUCAUUUGUACCCAUCAUUGUAAUGAUAUUGUAUUACAAAUAUGACUAUGAUAUGAAAUAAAUAUAUAAACCUUA